AUGUCUUUUCUUGUCGUGAUACUUGUUGCAGCAAUAUUUAAUUCUAAUCGUUUACGACAAGUAUUUAACAUGCUUAAAAUACACUUCAUAACAUUCAAUUUAUUCAAAAAUCCUAAUAAACGAUCUAAUAAACAACUGCAGAAACAACGUCUUUCAACUCGUUGCUUCAUUUUUCUUAUUAUCAUUACACUCGUCAUUCUUUUGAUAUAUACGUUCACAGAAAAUGUGACACAAAGUGUUACGAUUAAGAAUCCAUCGAUUAGUCUGUUUAAUUUGCUUCGUCAAAAAUAUCCGGGCACUGUUCAAUGCCCAUGUAGUAAAACGCUCUCAAUUGAAUAUCAAAACUUCAUUUCAAUUCAACUUCGACUACAUUCAGUCUGUUCAAGUGACUUCACCAAUCCUGCAUUACCUUGGUUUAAGAUUGAUUAUCCUUUGAAACUUGGCGAAGCACCAACAUUCCGUACGCAAAUCGAUGAUUUUCGUCACAUCGCUGGACCAUUUUUUCAAAUGCUAUUUUUCUAUUGUGAAUUAUCUUUACAAACAUUGAGAAGUGUACUCUUACUUUUUAAUUCUACAAACUAUAUCACUCCAAAUCUUGUAUCAAUUGAACAGUUUCGAAGUCAAACAAACCAAUUCAUACAUCAAUUUCAAGAAAGUACUGCACAAUCAUUUAUUAGUAGUCUGAAUUUAAUCAAUAAUAUGACUCAUGCAAAUGCACUUGUCUCAGGUCUGUUAACAGAUUCAACUCAAACCUUUGAUCCACAAUAUUACUACACUUAUGAUGGGAAUAAAUUUGACCACAUAUACGAUUACAGAGAUCAGGAAUAUAAUUCAAGUGGAAUUAUGUGUAACUGUCAAGAAACAUCAUAUUGCAUUCAGCAAGCAGUCGUCUAUGAUUUAAACACAGCUAGCAUCUACGUUGGAUGUUUUAUCGCUGAAGCAGUCCUUCGCAGUGAUUUAAGAUGCUUCUUCGAUAGUGCUGGUUGUCUUACGCAGUUAACAAACGCAUUAGGAAUAAUGUUUUCGACCAAUAUUUCCUCACUUUCAAAUUCUUCUUUAUCUCGUUAUACGGUGAAUACACCAUUGUUGGAUAUAGUUUCAAAUAUAAUGGUUGAGGAAUGGAGUAAUGUCACAUCAUACGACAAUUAUUUCAAUGAAUGUAAGCCAUCUCUCUGCGCAGCUACAUAUGUCAGUCGCGGUAAUCUAGUUUACAGUAUUACAACAGCAAUAAAACUGAUUGGUGGCUUAAAUCAUGUAUACCGAUUUCUUGUACCUUUAUUCGUUUUUGUGACUUUUCGUGUAAUUAUUUCAUAUAUACGACAAUAG